AUGGCAGCAGCUCUGGACCAGCCGCGCCUUGACGCACUCGGGGGCAGUUCAGCUAUCCAGUUCGAAUCCGUUUCUAUCACACCACCCCAGAGCGCCAACGGAAAGAAGAAUGCACCUGAAGGGGUGCCAUCAGAGCUGUCGGACCUGGAGCUGGACCCUAAGUUGGCUCCAGUGCCCGAUGAGACUCCGAUCAAACAGGAGGAACCGGAACAGGAGGAAGACAUUGAACCCGACCAUUACUAUGGCGGAGGAAAGAUCCCAGUUUUCAAGCCGACGAUGGACCAGUUCCGCGAUUUCCAGUCCUUCAUCAGCAAGAUUGAUAAGUAUGGAAUGCAAGCGGGGAUCGUGAAGGUGGUUCCCCCGAAGGAAUGGACCGAAUCGCUUCACCCAUUAGACGACGCCGUGAAGACAAUCCGUGUCAAGAAUCCUAUUAUGCAGGAGUUCCACGGAUCGCACGGGACCUACACACAGGCCAAUAUUGAACGGCAGCGCACGUACAGUCUUCCCCAGUGGAAGGGCCUGUGUGAAGAAAGUAGCCACCAACCGCCCGCCCGCCGUGGAGAAAGACGUCGGAACCAGGAACGCGCCAACCGAGCGGCUCCGACGCCACGGCCUCAGGCACCCCGCCCCGAGGGCCAGAAGCGUCGACCUGGCCGACCGCCCAAGCGUGGCAACCAAGCCAAAAUUAAGGAAGAAGCCCCUGCCGAUGAUGAUGUCGAGCGGUCCAAGCCCGAGGGCCCUCCAACGCCAGUUUCCCCCGAAUCGCUCCCAGUUGAGACGAAAAGCGAGGAUUUGAGCGAUGGCGAGUCACUUCCUGCGGCAAAGCCCAAGGGCCGGCAGGCCAAGUCUGUCACAGCACGCCGAAAGAACAACCGUGGCGAUACAGUCGACCAUGUCGACGAAGAGGCCUUCAAGGACUUUGAUUACCGCAUUCACGACAACGAGGAUUACACUGCGGAGAGAUGCGAGGAGCUAGAGACUGCCUACUGGAAGUCGCUCAUGUUCAAUAACCCGCUGUAUGGUGCGGACAUGCCAGGCUCGCUCUUUGAGGACUCGGUCACUUCUUGGAACGUUGCCAAGUUGCCUAACUUGCUAGACGUCCUCGGACAGAAAGUCCCCGGUGUUAACACUGCUUAUUUGUACCUGGGCAUGUGGAAAGCUACUUUCGCUUGGCACCUGGAAGACGUGGAUCUUUACAGCAUCAACUACAUCCACUUUGGUGCCCCGAAGCAGUGGUACAGCAUCUCACAGGAGGAUGCCCCGAAGUUUGAGGCAGCCAUGCGCAGCAUCUGCUUGCUCAAGUCUCAGUAUGGUAUCACCGUAAAUCGACUGGUCCACUACGAAGGCGAGUUUGUCAUCACUUUCCCUUACGGUUAUCAUUCUGGCUACAAUAUUGGCUACAACUGUGCCGAAUCCGUCAACUUUGCGACUGAACAAUGGUUGGAUUACGGCCGCAUUGCCAAAAAGUGCAACUGUGAAGCGGACAGCGUCUGGAUCGACGUGGAUGAAAUCGAGCGCAAAUUGCGCGGUGAAGCCACACCCGAAUACUAUGGCGAUUACGACAGCGAGCUCGAAGGGUUUGAGGGUGCUUCAGAUAUACUCACGCCGCCAUGCAGUGUGCCUGAGAAGACCUCCAUCCGUGGGCGAAAGCGGAAGAACACGGGUGACGGCCCGCGAACCAAACGACCUAAACUCCACCUUGAAGGCCCGCGGAAGAUCCCGUGUCUGCUAUGCCCGAACAAUCUCGAUUAUGAGGAUCUACUGCCCACUGAGGAUGGAAAGGGCCAUGCUCACCGGCGGUGCGCGUCGUUCAUUGAGGAGACCUCAAUUCUUCGUGAUGCAUCCGGGACCGAGGUGGUGUGCGACAUUGAUAAGAUUCCCAAGGCACGCCUGGGUUUGAAAUGUCUGUUCUGUCGCGAGGCUCGCGGUGCUUGCUUCCAAUGCAAUUUUGGCAAGUGCACUCGCGCCUAUCAUGCGACAUGUGCGCUUCUGGCCGGCGUUCAGGUCGAGCAUGGUGCAUUUGCUGUGUUUGCGGACGAUGGCCGCCAGUAUGCUUUGCCCAGUGUGGAUCUGAAGUGCAAAUUCCACCGUCAGAAGCGACCCACGGGACUGCAAGCAGAAUCGUCCGGUCUGGAUCGCCGGGUGAUUGAGUCAGCCCGUCGUUUGGUUCAGGGAAAUUUGAUACAGUUUCAAGUCGACAAGGAGAUUAAUGGCGCCAUUGUGCUUGAGAACCGUCCGGAGGAGCGGAGUCUGUUGCUGAAGGUUCUGCCGCGAGGAGAUGUCAUCGAGUUGCCCUAUCGCUGGAUGCUGGUGGUGCGCAAGAGCAGCUUCGUGCCCCUCGCGCCGGGCAUCCAACCCCUCCCGACCCACUUAGCGCGCAAGCCCGACUCGCGAAAGGAAUUGGAGGCUGCGGUGCCGGUCGCAGGCAGUGCAUUUGGCGACGGCCGAUCUCCCUAUCACUGGGCUGAAUUUGAGACGGUGGAUGGAGCUAGGAAUCAAUUCGCCCCACCGGUUACGGUCAACCUGGACAAAGGGGAGCAGGUGUGGCAUUACCUGGGCGCGCAGUCCACCGAGAGUAGGGCACAGUAUACGCACAGCCCUAGCGUGCCCAUCCACAAUCCGCGGGCCAAUUUCCUGGACAGUGUCAAGUCGCUUGGCGUGGCUGGUGGUGUCAAUGCUCGUGCACUGAAGAUCCCCCCCCACCGUCCAUUCCACUAUGCUGCCACCGCCCCUGCCCCUCCCUACCAGCAAAAUCUUUACGCCCAACACCGACCGCCGCCGCUACAACAAAAACAACACCUACUCCCGUCAUCUCUGAACGCCGCCAACCUCGCCCCUCACCUGCAAUCCUCCUCGCCCCGACCGCCCUCCGCCACCUCCUCCUCCCUGCAGCACCUUGCCCCUCCCCCUCCCCCUGCCCCUGCUGCUGCCGGUGCUGCUGCUGCUGGACCUGCGAUGCCGUCGGCCUUUCGAACCCUGCCGAACCAAUCUGCCCGCCAUGCCCCCUACCCCACGGUCGCCAAAUCGCACGCUCAGCAGCAGCACCACCACCUCACUUCCACCAAUACCUUUGCCAACGUUCGUGACCUCAUUGCCCGCCGCCGCCUCGCUCAGAUUACCGAACAUGCCAACGUGUUCGCCGGGUACACGAUCGUCAGCCCGGAAUUGGUGGUGGAAACCCUGCUGGGUCCCAUGGGGUCAAUUCCCCCGGUCAAUGGGCUCGAAAAACUCGAGCUGGCCAUGGCCCAGCAGCGGGUGCAGCCCCGAGCUGCUGAUGGGACUCUACUGCCGCCCCAGACUUUGAACAUGCGCGCGGACGAGGUUACCCGGCUUCUUCAGAUGCUUCGAUUUUCGUUGGUCAGCCAUCGGGAGCGACUCGAUGUCAUCCAGAAGAAAGAGUCGGAGGGGGUCAGGCAGGAGAUCGUUGACCAGGGGAGUGUAGCUGCGGCGAAGAUGCCCGGGAGAUAUGCCUUCCUGGAUCAGCAACGAGCCAUGGCCCCCAAUGUGUAUCAGUCCCCGUAUAACAUGCCGUCUGGCCUCUCUGAGUAUGCUAAGACCACGUACGGGCUGGUCUCUUCACCGGACGACCCGCCUAAGGCGUCCCUGGCCAAUGAUUAUUUUGCCAGCCUCUCCCAGGAGGACCAGGAAAAAAUCAUGAAGACGUGUGGUAGCUUUGUGCAACGUGCCAUCGCGCGGUCAGCCAGUCACAGCCGGCACAGCUCAACGGCGUCGAAUCUUCGAUUGUCAUCGGCCCUUGCACAACAGACCGAGAACCCGACCAUUGACAUCACAACGGUCGACGAUCCCCCACUAUCUGGCCUUGACCUACCUUUGCAUGCGGACUCCCCCUGUUCCAGUUUUGGUCGAUCGCAUAUGCGGUUCCAGUCGCCCAACGAUUUCCCUAUCCACGGCCCGGAUCCCCAUCCCGAUCACCAUGAUCUCUUCGGUGACCAGCAAGCCAAUACCCGGUUCUGGCAGAACGGGCCGUGGGUCGCUGGCGAUGGCAACACUCCGAACGAGGAGAACCGACCAUUUUUCGGGCCGCAUCUCUUCGGUCCACAUGAGCGGCUCAAGCACGACUACGCAUCCUCCGACAUCUCUCUGGGCAAAGGACCCGGGUCUCUGCAUUCCGUGGACAUGGCCGGGUUCGGCCCCGAUGUGGCUGAUGAUCUCCUCACGGGAGGACUAAGCCCAUAA